AUGGCGGCGAGCAGAGGGAUAGUGAAAGUGGCGAGGAAGCUGCAGAAGGCGCUGGGGAAGAAGGAGGCGUUGGUGGCGUCGGACGUGAAAGAAGGGCACUUCGUGGUGCUGGCGGUGGGAGGAGUGGAGGAGGAGCCGCCGCGGAGGUUCGUCGUGCCGUUGACCUGUUUGACCCACCCGACGUUCCUGAGGCUGCUGGAGGAGGCGGCGGAGGAGUACGGGCUCGACGGCCGCGGCGGUGGUUGCGGUGCCUUGACCGUGCCCUGUCGGCCGGAGGAGAUGGAGCGGAUUCUGGCGGAGCAGUACUGGGAGGAAACGACGUCGUCGUCGAGUUUGAGUUCGAGUUUGGCCAGGCGGGGUAGAAAUGGUGGUGGUAGGGAUAGUAAUUGGGGGUCUUCUUCUUGUAAGACUAUGGUUCAGAGCUUCUAA